AUGCUACAUUCGUCUUGCUUCCCUAACCUCACUCUUCCCCUCCCCUCCGUGCAGUUCAAUGUGCGCUGUGAGUCGCUGCACGCCAAGCCUUCAAUGCGCGCUUUCAAUGCGCGCUGUGAGUCGCUCCACACGAAGCCAUCCUUCCGCCGCCUGCUGCCCUCGCAGCGCUGCGUUGUGCUGCUGGAGGGAUUCUACGAGUGGAAGAAGGAAGGUUCCAAGAAGCAGCCGUUCUACAUCCACAUGAGCGAUGGGAGGCCGAUGGUGAUGGCGGGGCUGUUUGACUGCUGGCGUGACGCGCAGGGCGAGCGGCUAUUCACCUUCACUAUAGUCACAACGGCAUCGUCACAGCGCCUGCAGUGGCUGCACGACCGCAUGCCUGCCAUCCUGCCAUCACAGCACCACGUCGCCGCAUGGCUGCACGGCAAGCUCUCAGGGCCUGACGCCAUCACCCACCUCUGCACGCCCUACAACCACCCCGACCUGGUGUGGCACGCAGUGACGCCUGAGGUGGGAAAGCCGGCCUUCAACGGCCCUCAGUGUGUGGAGCCGAUUUCAUUGAAGCCGGCGCUCUCAUCCACCCCAAUCACUCAGCUCUUUGCCCGCAAGAGACAAAAGGCGCCACCCGCUGAUUCGCAGGGCACAGGAGGUGUGGACAACCAGGAAGCAGAGACAGUAGGUGCAGAGAGAGAGGGGCAGGGAGUGAAGAGCGAGGAGGGAGGCAGUGGAGAGGAGGAGACACAGCCGGCUGGGGUGCAGGAAGCACCGGUGGAGGCUGGGGCAGGGGUUGAUGAGGGGGAUGGGGCGAGUGAGGAGCAAGCAAAGGGUGGUUCCAGUGGCAAUGAGACACAAGAGGGUGCUGGUGAGCAACGCAGUGAGAGAGGCGUGGUUGAAGUGCUGGUCCCUAUGACCCCUCUUCCCCAGGAUACUCGUGCCAACGCUUCUCAGUCUUCCUCACAGUCCGACCAGCACUCACCAGGUCCUGCUUCUGCUCCCCCUGUUGCUGCGACCGUCACCCCGUCCAAGCUGGGACCUCCUCUGUCGACAAAACGACAUGCUAAAGGAGCAAAGGGUUUUAAAAUGGCGCCAAAGCGUAGAAAAACGGAAUCGGAGGCUGUUGAAGCCGGCAACCAGAUGUCGGUCAAACGAUUUUUCAAGGUCCCAUAG